AUGACCUCACCGCCCUCGAGUUUCGGCGGCCCGACUCCGCGGGGUGCACCGAAGCACCUGAAGCCUUUCAACACGCAGGACAUCAAGAUUUUGCUGCUCGAGAACAUCAACCAGGCGGGCCAGGAAACCCUCAAGGGACAGGGCUACCAGGUUGAAACCCUCAAGACAUCCUUGCCAGAGGAUCAGCUCAUCGAAAAGAUCCGCGACGUCCACGUCAUCGGCAUCCGCUCCAAGACCAAACUCACCGAGCGAAUCCUUUCCGAGGCAAAGAACCUGCUCGUCGUCGGCUGCUUCUGCAUCGGCACCAACCAGGUUGACCUGGACUACGCCGCUCGCCAUGGCAUCGCCGUCUUCAACUCCCCCUUUGCCAACUCCCGCAGCGUCGCCGAGCUCGUCAUCGCCGAGAUAAUCGUGCUCGCCCGUCAGCUCGGCGACCGCUCCAACGAGAUGCACCGUGGGACCUGGAACAAGGUCAGCGCCAAGUGCUGGGAGGUUCGGGGCAAGACGCUCGGCAUCGUCGGUUACGGCCACAUCGGCUCCCAGCUGUCCGUGCUCGCCGAAGCCAUGGGCAUGAACGUCAUCUACUACGACGUCGUCACCCUCAUGGCCCUCGGCACCUCGCGCCAGGUCCCGACGUUGGACGACCUGCUCGAGGAGGCCGACUUCGUGACGCUGCACGUGCCGGAUCUUCCGGAGACGCGGAGCAUGAUCUCGACCGCCCAGCUGGAUCUCAUGAAGGACGGGUCCUAUCUCAUAAAUGCCAGUCGCGGGAGCGUCGUCGACAUCGCCGCCCUCAUCAACGCCAUGCGAUCCGGCAAGAUCGCCGGCGCCGCCCUGGACGUCUACCCGAACGAACCGGCGGCCAACGGCGACUACUUCAACAAUGACCUGAACCGUUGGGGCGAAGAUCUGCGCAGCUUGAAAAAUCUCAUCCUCACCCCUCACAUUGGCGGUAGCACCGAGGAAGCGCAGCGCGCAAUUGGCCUCGAAGUGGCCGAUGCCCUCGUGCGAUACAUCAACCAGGGCAUCACUCUCGGCAGCGUCAACUUGCCCGAAGCCCAAUUGCGGUCCCUCACGCUCGAUGAACAGGACCAUGCACGGGUCAUCUACAUUCAUCGCAAUGUCCCUGGCGUGUUGCUCAACGAGAUUCUAGGCGGUCACAAUGUCGACAAGCAAAUCAGCGACAGCAGAGGCGACAUUGCCUACCUCAUGGCGGACAUUAGCAAUGUACGCUUCAGCGAGAUCAAAGACAUCUCGGACAGCCUGCAGGCUCUUAGCUCUUGCAUUUUGACUCGCGUCCUCUACUAA